AUGGCGUGCAGAGCUUUAACGCCGAGCUUAAACCUCAAACAUGUUACGUCCCCGUUGAACAAUGAGGCUCAAACUCAAUCACAUUCGUUCGGCCAGGUUUGUUUACCGAAGAAAACCGGGUUUUGUUCAUCGAGACAAUCUGUGAUCGCUAAUAACUCGGCAGUGACGGCACCAGCUAUGUCGGUGAGUGCCACCGGAACCGGUUCGAGAUUAUAUCGUUUCUGGAGAGAGGUGCACGGUUCGAACAACUGGGAGAAUUUAGUUGAGCCCUUGCACCCUCUUCUCCGACAGGAGAUAAUCCGAUACGGCGAGUUCGUCGCGGCUUGCUACAAGGCAUUCGAUCUCGACUCGAACUCGAAACGGUACCUGAAUUGCAAGUACGGGAAGAGAAGCAUGUUGAAGGAAGUUGGGAUGGAGAAUUCCGGCUACCAAGUGACUAAGUACAUCUACGCUACACCUGAAGUCAACAUCCCAAUCCAAAAUGAAGCUUCUUGCGGUCGUUGGAUCGGAUACGUAGCGGUUUCAUCCGACCAAGAGACGAAGAGGCUCGGCAGAAGGGACGUGCUCGUGACGUUCCGAGGAACGGUCACCAACCACGAAUGGGUGGCGAACUUCAUGAGCUCGCUCACGCACGCACGGCUCGACCCUCACCAUGAAAGGCCCGAAGUGAAGGUCGAGUCGGGGUUUCUGAGCCUAUACACAUCGGACGAAGCCGGCAGCAAGUUCGGCCUCGAGAGUUGCCGCGAACAGCUCUUAUCCGAGGUCUCAAGGCUACUAAACAAGCACAAAGAUGAGGACAUAAGUAUAACUUUAGCCGGUCAUAGUAUGGGGAGUGCUUUGGCUCUUCUUCUAGCUUAUGACAUAGCUGAACUAGGGUUAAAUAAAUCCGAUAACUCGAUCUCCGACGAUCGAGUUCCGAUCACCGUGUUCUCAUUCGGGGGUCCAAGAGUGGGUAACUCAAGUUUCAAGCAAAGGUGUGAGGAAUUAGGGGUUCAAGUGCUGAGAAUAGUGAAUGUCAACGACCCCAUCACAAAGCUACCAGGUGUCUUCUUCAAUGAGAAUUUUAGGAUUUUAUUGGGAGGAAGAUUAGAGCUGCCAUGGAUAAGCUGCUCAUGUUAUGCUCAUGUGGGUGUUGAAUUAGUCAUGGAUUUCUUCAAUGUCCAAAACCCUUCAUGUGUUCAUGACCUUGAAACCUACAUCAGCUUACUCAAAUGGCCCAACAGAUCUUUAGGGAUUCAAAAAGAGGGUUUGAAUUUUGAGUUGUGGAAUAGGGCUAGGGAUUUGAUCUUGAGUGCCCAAAAUCUCAACAUUAAUUUGCCAUGGAGAGAUGCAGCAAUCAACUUGGUGAACUUGGUUCAAUUGUAUAUUUAG